GAGUCAAGUAAUGUCUCCCGCCUUCUUUUAACCGGUCUUCAUGCAUGUGGCGAUCUGUCUAUGGCUGUUCUCCGUAUCGCCAAUGAAAGUCGGCUGACUAAGGCAGUGGUGCUGGUCUCUUGUUGUUACAUGAAAAAGAUGCUAGUUCCGUCUACACAAUCUUCAUAUAAUCUUGAUACCUCCGCCAGUCUUUCAGAUGCCUUCAAUUUUCCACAGUGCCAACUGUUCAAAGACCUCUCAGUUAAACCUGUAUGUUGA